UACACUGCACUUGGUGCAAACCCUCGCUGCAAAUCGAAAUCCCCUUCAGCCCCCCAUUUGUCAAAAGCAAUAAAUAACAGAAAAAGAAAAGGAAAAAGACGAAUUAAUAAGAAAAAAAGAGGAAAAAGGAGGCCAAAAAUCCAAAAGGAAACGCAAUGGAUUCGUACCAAGCGCAGCAGCGGUACCUGAGACCGCCCCCGCCGCCGCAACCACCUUCCACGUCGGAUCCCUAUCACUACCAGCAGCAGCCGAGGCCACAGUGGUACCCCAAUCAGUACCAGUACCCACCACCUCCACCACCACCUUACGCCGAGCAUCUCCCUCCUCCGGGCUCUUAUCCUCCGCCCCCUCACCCUUAUCCUGCACAUCCCCCAAAUCACGCCCACUUCCCUCCUCCCCCUGCCGCUCCUCCUCAUCAAUCUCACCCUCACCUGCCUCCCCCUCCGCCCCGCCCUCCUCCCCAUUCUUAUCCUCAACACACCCAGGAGUGGGGAGCCGCUCCUCCGAGUUGGCCGAAUUACGCAGCCCAAAAUAAUCAAGAUUGGGAAGCCAAGGCUAAGGCAUGGGCAGAUGCCAGAACAAUGGAGAAUCAACAUCAACAGGUGCAGUUUCCACCGGCGGGGAGAUUAGAAGAACAAAGUCAUUAUCACGAACAGUAUCCCCACAAUGUUGACCCGCAUUAUUCUGGAAGUCACCAUCAGUCAUUUUCUACAUCUAGCUAUCAACAGGUUCCAGUUUCAGGCGCUCCAACACACUACCCACCGGGAAUUCGUUCCCAGGAGACUUCAUCUGUCGGCUCUGAACUAUCUUCUUAUGCUCAUCACACUGUUGGAGAUGGAACGCUAGCUGGGGACGCGAAUGCUGUGUUUCACCAUCAAGGAAGCCUAUCUACAAGUUCAUCUGUCCAUCAGCAGGAGGUACCUUAUAGUUAUUCUUCUGUUACAGGCAAUGAAGGGACUGCAGCUCAGGAAGGACAACAUCACAUACAGCCAUCGCAGCCCUUUCCUUUUGCCUAUGACAGUCAGUCUGCUGAUCCAACAACCAAUGUUGCUGACCAGCCUUUAGAAUUUGCACCCGGGUUUAGCUCUGAUCAUGGUCCACACAUGCAAUCCAGCUAUGCUUAUACUGAUUCACAUGGAACUAUAAGAGGUGUCGACCCAGCGACCACAGCACCCUCCAUGAAUACCUGGCCUAGUUCUGUUGCACCUGGUGUAGGUUAUCCUCAUAAUGUUCCAGUUCCACUACAGCAUGAUCCCUCUAAUGCAAUACCCUCUCCUGUUCCUGGGCAUGCUCCACAUUCGUUUGGAAGUUUCCCAUCUGCUGCAAUGCCCUUUGCUCUCACUGCAGGAACCAUCCCUGGUGAUGCAUAUGGAGUUUCCACAGUUACUGAGCGCCCCAAAAAGGCUCCAGUGCCUAGUUGGCUUAGAGACGAAAUUAAGAAAGCAGUCAUCACAAGUACGUCUAUGGGCCAUCCUAAGGAGGAAACUCAAUCUGUUGAGGAUGAAGGUUUUGAUAGAUCUUCUGUGAAAGGUGAUCAAGCAGACAGCAAGAGCAUCAAUUCUUCUAAAUCAACAGAAGAAGAGGAUGAUGAGGAUCAAGUGGAAGCUGCUAGGACUGUAGCAAUUAACCAAGAAAUAAAGCAUAUCCUAACUGAAGUUUUCCUGAAGGUUACUGAUGAGCUGUUUGAUGAAAUUGCUACAAAAGUUCUUACUGAAGAUGAUCUGACAGUUGAAGUUGAACAGAGCACACCCACUUCAAACCAUAAGGUAUUGCCAUCUCCGCCAGCAGUUACAGCUCCCAAGGCUUCUGCAAAAGUUCUAAUUGGGGCCAAGUCUAAGGAAUAUGAGACUGAAGAUGUCAAAUCCAGUCCUACUUUACCUGGUGAUGUAUUGGGUCUUGCAGAUUAUGCUACAGAUGAUGAGGAUGAAGAUAGUGAUAUUCAGAGUUCUGGCAUGCCAAAUUCUGGGAAAGAUGCUAUGCUUCAGCAGUCAUCUGUCAAAAAGCCUUCAAAUGAUAGGCAUGAUGCCACUGUAAAUGACCGUUCUUCUGUAGAGCUUCAGGAGCAUAGUAAAAGUCAGACAAUUUUGGAGAGUGGACGGGGCAAAACCAGUUCACUUGAGUCCUAUAAUAGACACAAGCAUGAUGAUAGUAAUGGUGAUAGAAAUCUGCCAGAUGGAACUACUGCCUCUAGGUUGAAUGAUACCGUAGGAAUAUUCAAACCUGAACUACCCAAAGAAAAUGUCAAUGUGAAAACCACACCAAAAGAUGACCCACAAGUUAUGGAGUCCAGGAUGAAACCCGAUAAGCAUGAUCGAGAUGAGAGUAAAAAGAGUUUUGUGAAAGACAUCAAUAAGGAGGUAGAAAGUGGUAAGAUUAGGACAGAUGAUAAGGGUGAUGAGAAUCGUAAGGGACAGUAUCCUAGAAAGGAAAGGGCAGAUGAUCGGAAUGGCUCACAAGUAAAGGUGAAAGAGCAAAGUGUGAAGGAAUCUGAGUCAAGAAAAAGGUCUUCCCAUGCUGAUGCCAAGGAGGGUAGAAGAGAAACAGAGCGACUCCAUAGGGCAGGUGCUAAAGAAGAUAAGGACAGGAAAAGAGAACGGACAAAGGAUAAGGAGGGCGAUAGAUCAAGACAUAAACAUUCUACUGACUCAAGCAGGCACAAGAGAAGGCGCUCCUCUUCUGUUGGCAGUAGAGGAAGAAACAGCAAGGAUGAUUCAAGUGAUGAAGCUUCUGAUGAUUCUAAAAGGAAGCGGCAUUCAAGGAGACGUAACUUAUCACCAUCACCCGUCAGGUCAAGGAGAAGACAAGUUUCGCGGUCUCCACAUAGCAAGCAUUCUCAGCGCAGGCAUUCUCCUUAUUCUUCUCUUGAGACGAGCAGGUAUGUAUGUUGCCAUGAAAUCUUUGUUGUGUAUUGUUUUUCAGACAUAUACAGCUCUAUCAAUAAGCAACUACUCAGAUGCGCGGUGGAACUGAGUUUCGCAACAAAGCCGGUGCACCAUGUUCAGCCACCGCAGUUGGGUAUUGUUCCAAUUACGAAAUCGGUGUACUUUGUUGAAUGGUUCCAUUUAGUACCGAGGAUAAUGGCAGUAUGGCACAGCAUGCACGACAGCUUGAGUCCGGUUGGUAAUGUGGAUGAACUGCUGGCAUUUCAGGUGGGAGUAUGGAGUUUAUGGUCGAUUUGGCUAACUGGGUUGGCGCUAAUUGCCCUCUCCCUGUAUGCCACUCAAUGCUUUCCUUCCCUCAAGGAUCAGAUCAUGAGGCCCCAGCUCGGUCAACGGGCUGGCGGAGGUUUGGACACUCCUAGGAUUACUAUAUUCUCGGCGCCUGCGCCUUUUGCUGGUUCUGUUGGGGGUAGGCAGAGUCUGGCUGUUCGCUCAUGGCUUGCAUUGUCUCCACAGAUUACAGUUGUGCUCUUCAGCAGGGACCCUUCUGCUGUUUCCUUUGCCGGAGCGUUUGGUUUGCGGGUUUUGGUCGAUCCUAACAUCGAUUUCACGUUCCUCGGUACACCAUUUUUUCAUUCGAUGAUGGCAAGAUCACAGUCCUUUAUAACGGACAUUUCUGUUCUGGUUGAUCCUGAAACCAUUGUUUUACCUGACUUUGUUUCCACCCUGAACUAUGCUUACACACUUGACCGAGAUUGGCUUCUAGUUGCUUCAUCACGAAAUGCAUCCUACUUCCCAUUCUACUUGGACGAGGAUGGAAAAAAUUGGCAAAGAGAGGGUGGCGAAUUGAUGAGAACACAAGAGUUGCAGGAGAUUUUUGGUCAGAGUUGGCAAUGGACUCCCUGUGAAGGGAAGUUGCUUAUGGCAUGGAAUAAUGGAGAUACGCCACUACAUUCGGGAGUCCUUCCUCCUUUCUUAUACGGUAGAGGGGUGCACAACAGUUGGAUCGUUAAUGAGGCCUUGUCAUCUGAACUGAGGUUUGUAUUUGAUACCAGUUGGACAGUCUCAAGCUGCUAUCUGAUUGAUCAGGACCGUCAGAUUAACUGGCCUGUUGGAUCUUCCAAUGCUUCAAAUUUUGAAAGAAGCUGGGAAUAUGCUGGAAAUUCUCACCUUGGGGCACUAUAUGGAUCAUUGUCUCAUCAUGAAACUAACCAUUCUAGCCUAGCAAAGCUUUUGAAGUGUGACGGGCAAUAUACUUUCGUAAACACAGCAGAAAACAUUGCUUGUCCAAUGGAAUACCAAAGUGCAGGGAGAUUACGAAAAGGAAGGAUAUUGCGUUCCUGGAGGAAGAAGAAAACUUUGGGUUUGGUUGACAGUGUUAAAUCACUAGGCUGGUUGUCAGAUUGCUAUCUGAUGGUUCCACUAAAGCGUUCGAAACCAUUAGACCUUCCGUUCUCCUUGGAGACACUACUACCAUUAAAUGCAGACAAAAAUAAUACAAUUGUGCUUGCUACUGCUGGAUAUAGUUACAAGGACAUGCUCAUGAGCUGGGUGUGCAGAUUACACCAACUGCGGAUCACAAAUUUUAUCAUUUGUGCCCUCGACAAGGAAAUAUAUGAGUUUGCUGUCUUGCAGGGCCUCCCUGUUUUCAGGGAUCCAUUAGCUCCGAGUGAGAUCAGCAGCGACUGCCACUUUGGAACAAAAUGCUUUCAGAAGGUGACCAAAGUGAAGUCCCGGAUGGUUUUGAAGAUACUGAUGCUGGGUUACAACGUGCUUCUUAGCGAUGUGGAUGUAUAUUGGUUUGGAAAUCCGCUGCCAUUGCUCUACUCCUUUGGCCCUGCUAUUCUUGCAGCACAGUCCGAUGAAUUCAACAAAACAGGACCAAUCAAUGUACCUAGGCGCUUGAACUCUGGCUUUUACUUUGCCCGUUCUGAUAGUUCGACAAUCAAUGCUAUGAGGAAGGUGGUGGCACAUGCAGCAACUUCGGGUCUAUCUGAGCAGCCAAGCUUCUACGACACGCUAUGUGGAGAAGGGGGUUCCAAUCGUGUGGGUGACGAUAGAUGCUUGGAACCUGAAACAAAUCUGACUGUCCAUUUCUUGGAUAGAGAUCUCUUCCCAAAUGGUGCAUAUCUGGACCUGUGGCAGAGGAAAAACGUGAAGGCAGCCUGUGCGAAGCUGGGUUGUUUGGUUCUCCAUAACAAUUGGAUCAGCGGGAGACUGAAGAAGUUAGAAAGGCAGGUUUUAUCAGGCCUAUGGGAAUAUGAUACCAGCACAAGGAUGUGCCGGCACGAGUUCAACUUAGUAAACAAAGUUUGAGUCCUAAUUGGUGGUUUAUUAUAUUCAUUAGCAUCUGCUUUGGUUUUCACAUCCGACAGUGACAACAAAAUUGUUCCUCAUAUUUUGCAACUAUGGAAGCCUUGGUUUCAUCACAGCUUCCUGUGGAAGAGAAUAUUAUACGAAGGAAAGCCGGCCACAAAAAACCAGAAACCAGGAACUAUGCAGUGUGGCCAAUGCUCAAUAAUAUCAAGGCAAUAGAAUGCUCACACUUUCCACCGAUGGACCAUGCUAAAGCGUUUUGAUCGGGCUACUUUUAACCGUGGCUAUGCUGAAGUGGUGCAUCCAGUUGUUAGGCCUAGCCCGGAAUCCUGGCAGAAAUCAGUUGACAGGACCUUCCAUGGAUGACAAAUCCAAAAGAAAGGAAGUAGAUGCUGCUUCCAUAUCAUUAGACUUGAGCAUGCAGUCGAAGGAUAUUUUCGUGAGGAUAGUUCAUGCAGGCGGUCGUGAGGAGCUGUACCAGAAUGUAGUUCCUGCAUCUCAGUUGAUGGAAAAGUAUCCUGGUUUGUGCGUCGCCCGCCCAGAAGUGUUCAAAAAUCCGCAGGAGGCCCUUUUACGGCCAGAUGAGAUUCUGUUGAUUGGUAAGAAGUAUUACAUGAUACCAUGUACUACAGCGCAGAAAAUUAAGAAAAAACACCAAAAGAAAUUGAAGGCCAAAGAAGCUGCUGAAGGCAAAGAUGAGGCUCCGGAUGGGAAGAACACCGUGGAUUCAGGAGGUUCCGACACAGAUGAUUCUGUUUGCUCCGAUAAAGAAUAUUAUGUCUCCAAGGAAAGAUGGUCAAAAUGUUUACGGAGAAAAGGUUUCAGAGGAAAGAAGCCUUUUGUUCCCCCACUUCCGAGGACAAGAUCAUGUCGAGGAAUAAAUUGGGAGCCAAGUCUCACUUCUGUGCAAGAGCUUUCUCCAUGAUUUUCUGUAUGCUGUUAACCUGGCGUUCGGAUUCUGCUACGUGGUUAUAUUGCUACUGCAAGUAUGUUUUUGGUUCCAUGAAAAUUCUGAGAGAGAUUUAUCAAAAAUUUUAUACACCGUAAUAAGUAAUGUACCGUUUUUCCAGCAAUAUAUUCUAUUUUCUAUAU